GAGAGAGAGAGAGAGAGAGAGAGAGCUCACUUUACACCCGCAGCCUCCUCCCUUUAACAGAGAAUUAAAGAGAAUUAAAGUGACAGGACAAGAAUUUAUUGAUCAUUGAACAGAAAGAAGAAGAAAAAGAAGAAGAAAAAAAAAGAAGAAGACGGAGAAGAAUUGGAAGUGAGGCAGAAAGUGAGAUAGAGAGAGAGAGAUAGAGACUGCUCACUCUAUCUUCGUCUCUUUGGCCACGCCCCACGCAACUUAGUGCUGAGGCUGCAGUGCAUGGGAGGGUGAGGCAGGCUGGAGGGGCUGCCAUGUCCUGCCUGCCACGCGUCACCGCCCACCCUGCCCGCCCUGCCCGCCCCGUGACCUGAGGUGGGCGGCGCGGGUCAGCAUGGGGCCGGGGUGGCACGUGAGGACCUCCCUGGCGGUGAUGGUGGUGGUGCUGUGGCGCUGGGUGCAGGCUGCCGAGGUGCAGGCUGGAGAUGUGCAGGCCGGCGCGGUGCAGGCUGCGGGGGUGCAGGCUGGAGGGUUGCAGCCUCCUGAGAUGCAGGCUGCGGGGGUGCAGGGUGGAGUGCAGGAUCCGGAGAUGCAGGGUGGAGAGGUGCAAGCUGGAGGGAUGCAGGAUGAGGUGCAGGCCGGAGAGCUACAGGCUGGAGGGACAGAGCCUGGCGGGACACAGCCUACUGAAGUGCAGACUGAAGUGCAGGAUGGCGGGGUGCAGGCGACGGAGGUGCCGACAAGCAGCGUGCAGGCAGAGGAGAUGCAGGCUGCCACCGCUGCGAGCAACGCGACCUGUGUGGCGGGGUGUGCCUGUGGGCUGGUGCGGUCCCUGCGCCUGCAGCAGGAGCUGUACAUGCUCAACUGUUCCUUCGCGGGGCUGAAGAGUUUCCCCGAGGCGCUGCCCACCGACCUGGAGGCGCUGAGCGUGCGCGGCAACGCCAUCACGCACGUGCUGGACUCCCUGGCGCGCCUGACGGACCUGCGGGAGCUGGACCUCUCGGGCAACAAGAUCAAGUCCAUCGGGCGCGGCGGCAUGUUCCAGAACCUGAGCCGCCUGUUGCACCUGGACAUGGCCAAGAACACCAUCUCCACCAUCUUCCGCGACAACCUGAUGGGACCGCGCGCACUGCUGCACCUCGAGCUGGCCAACAACAAGAUCAACUACAUCGAGGACGAGGCGCUGGCGGACCUCACCAGCCUGCUCACCCUCGACCUGCGCCAGAACCUGCUGGGGUCGCUGUACGAGGAGUGGUUCCACGGGCUGCGGCGCCUGCACACGCUGGACCUCACGCACAACAGGAUCCACAACAUUCCCGCCUCGGUGUUCCGCGCCCUCACCUCGCUGCACCACCUCAACCUGUCCGGGAACCGUAUCUCCUCCGUGGACCCGCGCGCCUUCUCGGGGCUCACCCGCCUACAGGAGCUGGUGCUGGAGGACAACCUGCUGGCAUCCGUGCCCACGGCGGCCCUGCAGAGCCUGCCCAGCCUGGCCUCGCUCACAGUGGACCACAACCCGCUCAACAAGAUCAAGCCGCUGGACUUCUCGCACCUGAGCGCGGCGCGGAUCAGCGUACGCCACAUGCCGGACCUGCGCAUUGUGGACCCCAAGGCGUUCUACAACCUGGUGAACGCCACCACGCUGCUGCUCAGCGGCAACCCUCGCCUGGCCUACGUGGACCCUCUGGCCUUCAUGAACGUGGACGCCCUCAGGGAUCUGCAGCUGCACGACAACCACCUCCGCGGCCUGCAGAAGGAGAUCGCGGACUACCUGCCGGAGGGCGUCAGCCUUACUCUGUACGGCAACCCGCUCACCUGCGACUGCAACGCGCGGUGGCUGCGGCGCAUGGUGGCGCAGCGCGGCAACGCCAGCGUGGUGCUGCGGGAGCCGCAGCGCCUCGUUUGUCACAGCCCGCCCGCGCGCGCCCACAAGCUGCUCAAGGACCUGCUGCUGAUGCGGCUGGACAAGUCCUGCGCCCCCACAGUGCUGAACCUGACGCAGAGCCGCGUGGUCGUGGGUAAGGUGGGCGGCUACCAGGUGCUGGAGUGCCGCGCCCUGGGCUCCCCCUCGCCGCGCCUGCACUGGCUGCUGCCUGACGGCUCCAUCGUCAACUCCACGCUCAACGAGGUGCGCCGCAGGUUCUUCCCGCCCUGCACGCUCAUCCACUACCACCUGCGCGCAGCGGACGAGGGCCCCUACACCUGCGUGGCAGAAAACGAGUGCGCCGUGGCGCGCGGCACCGUGUGGCUCAGCGUGGCGGGCCUGGACAUCCACCUCUUCCCCAUCCGCGUCUCCUCCACCUUCAUCACGCUGGUGUGGAACGGCACGGAGCGGCGCGCCUUCCCCUCCUACAAGAUCUUCCACACCGAGGUGGACGAGAACGGCACGGCGGUGGGCGAGCAGCGAGCCAGCGAGACCAGCCCGGCGCGCAAGACCUUCACCAUCAACCACCUGCGGCCAGACACGCGCUACCGCUUCUGUCUGGGCAACGAGGACGCCAGCGGCUACUGGCUGGAGAUCUCCUGCUGCGUGGCGGCCACCGAGGACCUGCAGUUCAUGCUGCAGGGCAUCUCGCGCACCUCCAACGCGGCGGUGGCGGCCAUGAUGGGCCUGGUGCUGGCCAUGACGGUGGCCGUGUGCCUGCUGUCCGUGGUUUCGCGGCGCUACAGGCAGCGAUUCUACGAGAGUCCAGACAAGAGCGGCAGCCAGGGCGCCACAGUGCCCCUCGUGCACCUGUGCCGUCCCCUCAUGCCCGCCUCCUGACGGCUAGCGGGGGGUGACGGCCUGCACCCCCUGCUACGCCGCCCCCCUGCUGCUCCGCUGACCCCUCUACCCUAACGCCCCCGCCCCGCCAACGCUACCCCGCCCCGCGCAGGGAGUGUCCGAAACACACCACCUGCCCCUCACAACGGCCAGGCGCGCUGGACGAGUGCUCCUGCACGCCCAAGAGGUCGGGUAGUGGAGUGGCCAGCCGCCUUCUCGAGUCCCCAGACCUCCUCCCGUAUACCGCAGACGUGGAGACAAUGCCAAUCCUGCAGGAGACGCAGCUCUCGUCAGGAUAACCGCCACGCCCAUCCACCACGCCCUGUCCACAUGAACGUCACAUCAAUCCACUUAGUGUCAAGGAGGGCGAUUCAGGGCAGGGCGAGGCAAUUCUUGAAGCCUACACGCCCUGCCAAAGCCCUGUCGACCUUAAAACUGGGACUCUUGCUUGGUCUUGCGCUGAAACUGCCUCCACUCUUAGUUGGGUUUACUUGGCAGGGAGUAUUUGCAUCGACUCAAAACUUGGGGUCUUUAAGCUGCCAGUGCCCAACCUACGCCCCGUCUGUGACCAGUUCACGGCCCCUCUACGACCUGUUGGAAAGUUUACAGGCGGGUCUGAUUCCUGUUGACGACCCAGAGUCUAGCGUAUGGCCUGCCAGCAACUACACGACCAGUUUACUGCCUGCUAACGACCCAGAGACGAGUUUACGGCCUAUAAACGACCACACGACCAGUUUACACCUUGCAAACGACCCUGAGACUAGUUUACGACACACCGACGACCAAACGAUUAACUUACGACUUGUCAAUGACCAUCAGUCCAGUUUACGAGAACCAAAUGAUCACGAGGCUAGUUUACGACCUGCCAACGACCCUGAGACCAGUUUACGCCCACAAGACCUGGAGAAGGACGCACCAACACCUAAAUCCGACGCCCUGCCAUCGCCCAGUGAAGGAUGCGAGUUUCUUCUGUGGCAGGACAAGUGCAGGGCAAUUGGUCUCCAUCUCCUGGCCAAGUCAAAGUAUCAUUAGUGAGACCCUGAAGGAUACAAGGAGAUCUUAUGGUGCAACUCAAGGGUAUUACAGAAGGAUGCUGCUAGUGUCCUAAUCUGCUUAUCUUAGGGCAUCGCUAGUGAAACAAAGACGACACUGAGUUUCGAGAAGAGAUUAAUGGACUCUUGAAGAUUUUGAUGCAUUCCUUAAGUCCUCACAGGAUUGCUAAGGACUUUCUGGACCUUGAGAUCGUAAAGAGAAACUUGUAAAGCAUGCUUGGAGUGCUGACAUUAUAACCUGGCAAAUUCUUGUUGAAAGUACAGCUUGGCAAAUUCAUCGGUGGUGUUUUUGGCAGUCAAUACAGAACUGGGAAAUCUAAGGAGCUUGUCUUGGGAGAUGGAAUACAAUACGGCAAAUCUGCUGGAGUGUUCAAAGGAUUCAACGUCACUAUUGAAGUCCCGCAGGUAGUUUGUUUGGGGGAUAUGGGAGAGGACAGGUGAAAGAGAUUUGGAGGUGACAGUGAUUGAAAGCAAAGGGAGAGGAUGAACUGGGGAAGUCGCAGGUAGAGUCAUGACUAAAUCCACAGCGGUGCUUUGUGGGAUAAAAUCAGAAGUCACAAGUUUCUGAGUGUGUCUGGGGGUGAGGCAGAGCUGGUAGAGAGUAGGCAAGUCAAAGGAGGUGGUAGAAAAUAGCAACAGUGGAGUUAAGACGUUCUGUAGGUUAGAAUAUCACAGACAAAUGAAUGAACUUUUCUCGAGCAGAGGUAAAGAAUGAAAAGUCAAAACAAAGUCAGCAGUGUCGAGCGUCUGACGGCGUUUUUUGGAGUGAAAUGGCAAGACAAUAAACAGAGAAAAGGAUACAGAAGAUUGACGGAUUUAAAUUCUUGUUGGGAGAUUUCUUUGAAGGAGUAACAGCAGAGUACUGGUAGAGGGAAGGAGAGGGACCAUUUGCUGACUGAAAUUCCAAGGGCAUCGCAACAUCGGAAUCAUAAGGUGCCUGAAAAAGGAUGACGGAAGAAAAUACUGACUGACUGGAAUUUUAAGACCAUCGCUAUGAAUCUAUUGAGAGCUGAGGAGAAGAUGACGGCGGGGACAAAAAUGACGAACAGACUGUGAUGUUAAAGACGCCGCAACAUCAGAAUCAUAAGUAGCCUAAAGAGGAAUGAUUGGAGAAAAUAUUGGCUAAGUGAUUGAAAUUUUAAGAGCCUCGCCACGAACUCAUUAGGUGGCGAAGGAAGGAUGAAGGAAAUAACACA